AUGGGCAAACGCAUUGACGACGGGCAUCCGAGAUACUUCAAAGAAUGCAACUAUCGCAAUAGUUGGCAGGGCUAUGUUACGAUUUGGAGAUUCAAUGCCAUCGGGGAAUUUGGGAUCAUUACUGGCCCCAAGAAUGCCGAGUCGCUAGGUAUUGUCUGUGGUAUGUCUGAGUUGCCGAAUACCGAGGAUGCUGGGACACGACUGGCGCGCAAGGGUAAUUCUAAUGGCAAUAAUAAUGGUGAUGAUGAUGAUGAUGAUGAUGACGGCCUAGAAGAUUGA